AAUAAUCAUAAUCAUACCAAGUUGAGUUGAGGCAGCAUAGAAAAUUAAAGCUCUAAAACACUCUCAUUUCUCCAGUAUCCUGCGUUGUACAUUGCUGCAGCAAUGGAUUGCGACAAAGGGUUUUCGAGCAGUUAUAUGCUCUUGAAACCUGAAGAAUUAACAUUCUUUGAUCUCAUCAACAUCUUAUUCUCCACUGACAUCGAGAAAAGAAAGUUCGUUGAUAGCGCGGAGGUGAAGGAGGAGGAUUUUCAGCGUCGAUGGCUCAUAUUCAUCUCCAUUAUUGUUCAAAAAUUGCUGCAGUUUUUUUCCAAGCCGAUAUCAUUUUUCGGGUCACUUACGGAGAUGUGGCUCAACCUUUUGUCUAGCAACGGUGGCUUUGGCAGCCUUUUACUAAAUACCAUAGAAGGGAAGGUGGUGAUUCCGGAGAAAACAUCAGCAUCUUUCGUAUCUUUUACUGGAAAUUACGACUUACGAACAGAAUUGGACAGAAACAUUAAACAUGGUGAUCCGAGGUACUAUGCAGAACUUUCUAUGAUGGCUUCUAAAGCAUCAUACGAGAACAAAGAGUACCUCGAAACUAUUGUCAAUCAUCAAUGGGAGAUGGAGUUAUUGGGAUCCUAUGACUUCUGGAACGAUUACCAAGAUAAAGCCACAACACAAGCCUUUUUGCUACGUGACAAAAAAGAUGACCAUGAUACAAUUGUUUUGGCUUUCAGAGGUACUGAACCUUUUGAUGCGGACGCUUGGUGUUCCGACUUUGAUCUUUCCUGGUAUGAGAUUCCUGAUGUUGGAAGGAUCCAUGGAGGUUUUAUGAAAGCUCUGGGAUUGCAAAAGUGCCUUGGUUGGCCUAAGGAAAUGAAGCAAAAUAGCUCACGCCCAGCACCAUUAGCUUACUAUGCCCUUAGAGAUAUAUUGAAAGGCAUUUUGUCACAAAAUGAUCAAACAAAAUACAUAGUGACCGGUCACAGCUUAGGCGGGGCGCUAGCAAUUCUGUUCCCUGCAGUUUUGGCAUUCCAUGAUGAGAAACUGUUGUUGGACAGAUUACAAGGGAUCUACACAUUUGGGCAGCCUAGAGUAGGAGAUGGAAAUUUCGGAAAAUACAUGGAAAAUAUGUUAGAACAGAACACGAUUCCAUAUUACAGGUUUGUUUACGGUUCUGAUAUAGUUCCUAGGUUGCCUUAUGAUGACAAGGCCCUCAUGUUCAAGCACUUUGGGACAUGCCUCUACUACAAUAGGAACUAUGAAGUACAGGCAAUUGAAGAAGAACCAAACAAGAAUUACUUCUCUCUACGUGGGGCAAUACCCAUGAUGGUAAAUGCAUUUUUUGAGUUAAUAAGAAGCUUCACUAUCACGAGCACCAAGGGACGAGACUACAAAGAAAGAUGGUUCUUGAGAGGGUUUAGGGUAACUGGAUUGGUACUCCCUGGCGUUCCAGCUCAUCUUAUCCAAGAUUAUGUUAACUCUACUCGUUUGGGAUCAGCCAACGUAUUUCUGUCAGGAACCAAGAAGCAAGAGUAACAAAGCCAUUAACGCUCUGCAAAUAUUUGUGCAAGACCCAGUAAACAUUCAAUAAUUAAUCAAGGAUGGUAAGUGUCUGUGUGUGUGUGGGUUUUUCAGUACCGGGAGGUCUCAUGGGUGGAGGCCAAACAAACUGCGUCGUAUAUCCAAAUCUCCUAAUUUCAUUAAUUUUAUUGCAAUUUACUCUUUAUUAUUAAGAGAUCAUUGGUGUUUGUGUUUUUUUUUUUUAUUACAAGAUGUCAAGAUCGCCAUGUGUGAACCAAGUCCUUGUGGUAUUUUAAUUUUAUAAGCACAGAUCUUUUGCGUCU